GCGCGCGGAGAAGUUCUGGGCAAAGUACUGGGAACUGGGUGAGCGAUAGCAGCGCACGCGAGCCGGGCGGAACAAGGGGAGCCGAGAGCCAGGCGGCCAGUGCGCGGCGCAGGUUCUGGCCCGGGCGGCCGUAGGCGAGUAGCCCUCCCCACCCCUGUCUCCUGCGGCUGGUGAGGGAACUAUCAGCUGUGCGUUGCUGGGGGGCCGAAGAAGCCGGGUUUGCCUCCUCCCGCGUGUGUGGACGACCCCCGGAGCUAGGCGGCGUCCGCGGCGGCAGAGCGUGCAGUUCUAGAGGCUGGGAGGUCCAAGGACCAGGUGCCUGCAGAUCUGCUGUCUGGGAUUUCCUCUGGGUCAUCCAAAAUGCUUUUAAAACAUAUUGGAUAAAAGCUGAGCCACCUGCUUGUGUUGGACUGCCAUACUCUGUGCUCCACUGUCUUCUAUGGCAUUUUGACUACAUCAAGGCCAAGGACCUGCCGUUCAUGAUGAGUGAUGAGAAGAGCCUUGGGGUGUCCCCCAAAUUGGCCUCACCUUCAAGGAGCACAAGUAGUUGCUCUUCCAAGCAGGGAAGUCGACAGGACAGCUGGGAAGUGGUGGAAGGACUGAGGGGAGAGAUGAAUUACACCCAGGAGCCACCAAUUCAGAAAGGAUUUUUGCUGAAAAAAAGGAAAUGGCCCUUGAAAGGCUGGCACAAGAGAUUCUUCUAUCUGGACAAAGGAAUCUUGAAAUAUGCCAAGAACCAAAGUGAUAUAGAGAGAGAGAAGCUGCAUGGCUGCAUUGAUGUCGGGCUCUCGGUAAUGUCUGUGAAGAAGUCGUCGAAGUGCAUAGAUCUAGACACCGAGGAGCACAUUUAUCAUCUGAAGGUAAAGUCAGAGGAAGUCUUUGAUGAGUGGGUAUCCAAACUUCGCCACCACAGAAUAUAUCGUCAGAAUGAAAUCGCCAUGUUUCCACACGAAGUUAAUCACUUUUUCCCAGGAUCUGCUGUCACAGACUCUGGUUCUGAGGUCUUGGACACCAUUUCCAGUAGGAAGCAUAGCAGUAUAUCAAAGCAGAAUUCGUUUCAAACCGGAAGCAAUUUAUCAUUUUCUUGUGGUGGUGAGACUCGAGUUCCAUUAUGGUUACAGUCUUCAGAGGACAUGGAAAAAUGCUCUAAAGAACUGGCAAACUGUCAUGCCUGCCUGGUGGAGAUGAGCCAGCUUCUGCAAAGUAUGGACGUCCUGCAUCGGACAUAUUCGGCUCCGGCUAUCAAUGUCAUCCAGGGUGGAUCUUUUGAAAGUCCCAAAAAGGAAAAAAGAUCACAUAGGAGAUGGCGCUCCAGAGCUGUUGGCAAAGACGCUAAAGGAACGCUGCAGGUCCCCAAACCUUUUUCUGGCCCAGUAAGACUGCAUUCCUCCAAUCCUAAUUUGUCAACACUAGAUUUUGGAGAAGACAAAAAUUAUUCCGAUAGCUCUGAAACCUCAUCAGAGUUUUCUAAAAUGCAAGAAGAUCUGUGUCAUAUUGCCCAUAAAGUCUACUUCACUUUAAGGUCAGCUUUUAAUACCAUAUUAACGGAGAGAGAGAAACUGGAGCAGCUGAUGGAGCAGGAUGUCUCUGUCUCCCCCUCUGCCCAGGUCCUUGGUCUGAAGCACGCCCUGUCAUCUGCCCUAGCACAAAACACAGAUCUUAAAGAACGCUUAUGCAGAAUCCAUGCUGAGUCUUUGCUCCUCGACCGCCCAGUUGCUGCCAAGUCGGGUGAUCGUCUGGCAGAGGAAAACUCCAGAGAUGACAAUCGAACUCUGGUCCAUCAGCUUUCCAACGAAAGCAGGCUCUCCAUCACUGACUCUCUUUCAGAGUUUUUUGAUGCACAGGAAGUUCUGUUGUCUCCAAGCUCUUCAGAAAAUGAGAUUUCUGAAGAUGAUUCAUAUGUCAGUGACAUAAGUGACAACCUUUCCUUAGAUAAUCUCAGUAAUGAUUUAGAUAAUGAGAGACAGACUUUGGAGCCUGUUCUCCAAAGUGGAGGGGAAACCAAGUCCAAAAGAAGAACGUGCUUGCCGGCCCCGUGCCCCAAGUCCGGUAACGUCAGCUUGUGGAACAUCCUGAGAACGAACAUCGGGAAGGACCUGUCUAAGGUGGCCAUGCCGGUGGAACUCAAUGAGCCCCUCAACACGCUGCAGAGGCUGUGUGAGGAGCUGGAGUACAGCGAGCUCCUGGACAAGGCUGCCCAGACACCCAGUGCCCUGGAGAGGAUGGUGUACGUGGCAGCCUUUGCCGUGUCCGCAUAUGCAUCUAGCUACUUCCGCGCUGGGAGCAAGCCCUUUAAUCCAGUUCUUGGAGAAACAUAUGAGUGUAUUCGUGAGGACAAGGGCUUCCAGUUUUUUUCAGAACAGGUCAGCCACCAUCCACCUAUUUCUGCAUGUCACGCUGAGUCUGGAAAUUUUGUUUUCUGGCAAGACAUGAGAUGGAAGAACAAAUUCUGGGGCAAAUCCAUGGAAAUUGUUCCCAUUGGCACAACCCAUGUGACUCUGCCAGCUUUUGGAGAUCAUUUUGAGUGGAACAAAGUGACCUCUUGCAUCCAUAACAUCUUAAGUGGGCAGAGGUGGAUCGAGCACUAUGGAGAGAUUGUUAUCAAGAACGUGAAUGAUGAUUCCUGCCACUGCAAAGUGAACUUUAUAAAGGCAAAAUACUGGAGCACUAAUGCCCAUGAGAUUGAAGGUACAGUAUUUGACAGGAGUGGAAAAGCAGUGCAUCGGCUAUUUGGGAAAUGGCAUGAGAGCAUCUACUGCGGUGGUUCUUCCUCGUCCACUUGUAUCUGGAGAGCGAAUCCCAUGCCAAAAGGCUAUGAGCAAUAUUAUGGCUUCACACAGUUUGCACUGGAAUUAAACGAAAUGGAUCCAUUGUUAAAGUCUUUAUUACCACCUACUGACACUCGAUUCAGGCCAGACCAAAGGUUUCUAGAAGAAGGGAGCUUAGAAGAGGCCGAAAUACAAAAGCAGAGGAUUGAACAGCUGCAGAGAGAAAGGCGGCGGGUCUUGGAAGAAAAUAAGGUGGAGCACCAGCCACGGUUUUUCAGGAAAUCCAGCGAUGACUCUUGGGUGAGCAGUGGCACCUAUUUGGAACUUAGGAAAGAUCUUGGUUUUUCCAAACUGGACCAUCCUGUCUUGUGGUAAAAGAGGAAAGAGCGAUACAUCUUUGUGCUUCUCCCGUGUUUGCUUUCUGAAGCCACAAACCUGUGUCUACAACAUUACCUAGAACGAUCACUUGUGCUUCUUAGCUUGGUGUUGUGUUUAAGUAUAUAUUUUCUUCAGUACGUUUCUUUGCAAUUUCAAAUGUUAUCACAACUGUUUAUAUGAAUGUAGAACACCUUGAUAUUUCUUUUUAUAUAUAAACUAUUUAAUAAGAAUGAAAGAUUGAAUGUUAACAUGUGGGUUAAAAAAGAAGCUUUAACACUAACUUUCCAAAGGUUAGGAAAAUUCCAAUUAAAUUUAUGCCUUAUAAAAUUAUGUUGGAAAAAAAAAUCCAUCUUUCCCAGGUGCGUUAAGAAAUAAGAAUACAAAGGGUUACUCACCUGUGUGCAAGCUGCCCAGGUUUAAUUUGGUAGCUCAGAUAUCUUUUUGCCUCAGACAACUUUUGAAUUGCUCACACAGAACAAUUCUGCUGGUACUGGAGUCUGAAGAAUAUUUGCAUUUGCGUUUUAGUGCUUGGGGGAAUGGUAUACGAUUAGUGGGAUGUCUGUUUUUAUAUAAGAUGGAUAUGGCAGCUUCUCAAAGAGGAAGCAUUCGAACUCAUCCCUCCCUAUAGUUUCAUUGCCUUAUGUGCAAAAUUGUACCGUUACUCAGAAAAAUUGUUGAUAAUCCGAGAAACCCCUGUUAAUUAAAUGUCAAAAUGAAAUCCCAGGCGGACAGUAGGAAAUUUCUCCUUAGUGAGAGCUGAAUCCAUUACAAGUUAAGAAACUGUUUUCUGCUUCCCACCCCACCUCUAGCCUCCUCCGCUGUUUGACCACAUCUCUGUUGAAUAUGGAAUGUCCCAAUUUAGUGUAAAACAUAGGUGCAUUCAACAUGGCAGUUUGACUUUCCAAAAGUUUAGCCAAGUAACUGAUUGUUUUAAAUAAUUCAACAUGUUUUUCUUAAAUAGUGUUUUGGUAUUUUCUACCUCUCAAUAAGCACCAUAUUUUAGAUCUUGUAUGAAAAGUUUGACCACCUGCCUUAUAGACAAAUGUAGAGAAUUGAUGCUCUUCCUUUGUGUUAUGUCCUGGUAAAGCUUUAAGUGUCUUAUCGCUUUCCUACACUUCUUCUUACUCAUAUCACUCUUUUGUGAGUUUUGCAGCAGUCUUGAAUAAUACAGACUAUAACUACUGAAAGGAGAAACUUCGCCUUUUUAAAUGUGUUAUUUCCGAUUACUAUAAUAGAAUUUGUGCAGUAGUUGAAUUGUGUGAUCAAAGCAAUUCUAACUUCUGCCCAGAUUACUUUAAAACCAAAGCCUACGUUUGAAGCCUUUUCCUCUAAAGUCCAUGACGAUUUUAUGUAAUAUCAAGUAAAGUGGUGUGGUAAAAAGAUUUCUCCAGAAAACAUUUUUAGAUAUUUAAAUAAUUUCAGAGAAUGCUACGAGUGAAAAGUAGAAUAAAUAAUGGAAAAAAGAAUGCAUGAUUUUUCAAUGUCACACCAAAUAACUAGUUGGAGAGUAUUGCACUUUCAAAAUGGAGAGUUAUCUAAAGUGGGUCAGUAGCCUUUUGGAAUCUGCAAGUGACUAGCAUUUUAAAACAAUACACGACUCAUUAAAUAUUGCUUUCAUCCAUUCCAUGCAUCAAGACGUCAAGAUGAACACAGUUCGAAUAUCAUUUCCAUUUCUAAGCAGUUAACUGACCCAAUCACAUUCUUUGGUUAUGUGCUUUGUUCUUUUCUUUUCAAGCAUGUAUCUAAAUUCUCCUCACAGACGGGAAGAAGCAGGCUGUAGAUUUUAAGGAUACUCCAGGGGAGAACAAAUCUAGUUUUCACAGUGUGAAGGUAAAUGUAGAACUUGAGUAAUACUGACUGUUAUAGGCCUACUCCAGGGGCUGGCUCAAAACAAAAACAGAAAGAAAACAUGCAGCCUGAAUGGACGUGGCUUUGUCAUGCAGUCUUUGGAAAGUCUUUAAUUGUCCUGAUGCUGUUAUUUCAGUUGAUCUUAUGUUUCAUUUUGUAAUCACGAGGAUCAAGGGACCAAAUAUCACCUUUGUAGUCAUCUUAUUUGAGAUGGGAGGGGGGCUGAAUUUGAAUAUGUAUGCAAAUUUUAAAGUCUAUUAGUACCUACAUCUAUAAAGGGCUUUUCUGAAAUUUAAGCAGCUUGGUGAUGCAUCCUAUUAUAAUCCUCAAAUUCCCUUGAGAGGGAAAUGGCUUCUUUUUUCCUUCAGCCUCUAUUCUCAAAAGCAUCCUCUCACCUAAUUUGUAUCUCAAGGACAUUUUAUAUUCUUAGGAUGAAGAAAACAGAAACAUGGCAUUGUUUGGGAAGAAUUGAGGUAGAAUUGACUUUGGAUUUUGAAUCUCCCGAUUGCAUAAUGCCAAUCACUGCAUCACUUGAGGUACAUGUUGUAACCUCCAUUUCAUUCCUUAUCAUCCCAUCCCAAAUGUAUGGUGAACUGCACAGCUGUUCUUGGAAAUGGGGCCUUGUACAGUCAGCCACGUUACACUUCCAGGGUUCCUGUUGCCCCUGCCAGUUAUCCGAAGCUGCGGGACACGCUUCAGUAAGGAGCCACCGUCUCCAGGGCAGCCUGGCAGCAGGUCACUCCCUCCCCAGGCCCCAAAGCCUAGGCUGGUAUUUCCUGGAGUCAAACUCAAUAAUCAAAGCCUCAGUGCAUCUCCUCCAUGCCAUGCACCUCCCAGAAGCCAGGCUGCUUCUGGUACUAAUUAAACACAUGGAGUUCACUUUAGGACAACCGUCCGUUAUGUAUCAGGUCCUCACAGAAUGCCCAGAAAGCCCUCAUGGCCUCCUGUGCUUCCUGUGAGGUUCUCUGGGAGAGAAAAGUAGACAAACCAACUUUUAAAAAUAUAUAUUUGCUUCAUUUGGGCUGCUGCUUUUCUCACAUUCUACCUUUAACUACUUCCAGUAAAUCAUUGGCUUGGGCUUUGCGAGCGCUAUCCAUCUGUAUUCCUUAGAUUUAUGAGUGGUCUUAUCCUACUAUUAACAGCGUCAACCCGAAGAGAAAAAUGAUAAAGUAUACAGUUUUUAUUUGGCUGUUGAAACUUGUCGUAGGUCUACUGCAUACUCUGUAAGUUAUGCCUUCCAGCUAUCACAGGAUUUCCUCAGAGCUUUUAGUUAUGAGUAGGAGCAAUAAGCAGUUGUUCUCAUGAUCUUAGGAAUAAUAGUUCCAAUGUAUUGGCGUCAUUUAUUUGAAUGUCUUUAAUUUUGAUAUUAACAUCGGCAUACCUCUAUUUUUGCUACCAAAUGACAGCUAUUUUCAUGUGCUCAAUUUUCCCUACAUUGUAUUCAUCUGUUGCUUAGUGUUUGUCUUUACUUUUCUGUGUUGGAAAUAUAUAUAUAUCACAUAAGUCUGCAAAUUGCAGCAGUCUGAAAUGCAAACCAUUUUCAGAGACUUUGGUGUUGAGGAAUGCAAUGAUCAGGAGUUGUUAAUUUAUUUUAUUCAUGAUGAUUUUAUCUUCCUCACUUACCCUCAGAGGAUACUAUUUUUUUUAAUGGAUAUUUGUAAAUCUUUCAUCUAACCAUUUAUAAGAUUAUUUUCUGUUUAAAAUACCAGCCUUCCACCCAUCCCCUUACGCGUCCCCCAAAAGCUCUGACUAAUUUGUUUUUCCCCCUCGUGAAACUAGUUGACUGUGAAUAAAUAACAUGGAAAAAG